ACAGGUUACGCUGCGAUCAACCAGUGGAAUGCUUAGUGCAUUUGCUUCAUAACAAUAUUCUCUGUGCCACAGUUAAGUGAAGCUUAGUUCAACCAUGAUAGUUUCAUCGCGUUCAAUACGUCUCAUACCAGUUAUCUGGCCCGUUUUGGUUUGUAUAACCAUCAUAACUCCGUAUAUCAUAGCCAUAUCACUUGGCCAUGUCUACCCUUUCUUACCAAGCAUUAGCAAAGCGGCUUCAUUCGAACCACAGGCGUCACUCUUUGGUGCUCUGAUGACCUUGGUGGCUUUCCUCGGACUGGCAAUGAUGGUGGCUCGGUAUGUUCAGGUUCAGGCAGUUCCUAGUGAUCUGGAGUGUGAAUUCUCAAGUAAGAUCAUCAGGUUAAACAAAGUUGGUCUACGGUUUGGCAUUUCGUGUCUCAUAGGAGUUGUCCUGGUCGCCAGUGUCAGGUCUUCUGCCGAAGUGGUAUGUAUUAUGGCUGAUAAAACCGCAAGAAUUAGGACCUUGGGCUAAUAAGUCAAAUUGUCGAUCGACAGAAAUAAGUUAUUUAGGUAAAAAGGUGUAUGUUAAAAGGCUUUUAUCAUUGAGUUUUUCCAAUUUCCGAGUUAUUUUUCGUUAACCUCGCUAGAUCCGAUCAAUCGCGUGGUUUCAAAAUCACUUCAAUUCCGAGUGAUGAUUAUUCGAAGCGUAGACGCAGCUACAGAGCAAGCAAUAGCUGCUGGAAUGAAUCAACUCUUCUCCCAAUGACUAAAUUUAAACAGUCCUAGUAUUAUUAUGUUUAAUAACAUCAAUUAAUAACAUCUCACCAUGUUGUCUCGUGUAAUAGCACGUAAUUUAUAAGGCGUUGUUAGGAUCACAAUAACCAUGCAAUCCGUUUUUCAAUUUUAACUUCGAAACUUGUCUUUUGAUUUACAAUGGUUUUCGAAAACAUUCUUUCCUUUGCAAGUAUUUUCUUAUAGUAGCUUUUCCUGCACGCAUAUUUACAAAUGAAGGCUUUACCUCGAUAUUGACUGCAAAAAGUAAAUUAUUGCUGGGCGUUUGUUGUUGAGAAGGAUACCCCCGUUAAAGUGCCUGUGACACGAAAUUUGUUUUUGCAUUUUUUGGUUGAUAGCUGUGUAAUCGAUUUAUGCGAGUUCUCCUCGACCAUUUUUUUGUGGGGAAGAUAACCAAAGAAUUCAGCUUAAAAGAAUGCUGAUUAAGGUGCCUGUUCUCACACCGCAAACGAUUGUUCAACAUUAUUUUCGGCUGACAUGUCGCAAGUGAAGAAUGGUAAGCUCGUUAUUAUUCAGGUUUAUAUCACGCGCUUGAGAUGUACUCAUCCUCCUUGUCUUUCCACAUGACUACAUUUGCACUUUUCUUAUCGUAUGAAAAUCAUACUAGUUGUAGUUUCCAUCGUAUUUUGUUACCAGAAAUACAUAAUUUAUGAUAAAGUUCGAGCCCUUUCCUGAACUGGCCGAUAUCCUGUUGCGUGAACAGUACGAAACCUUUGACGGAUACUGGCAUAAAUACAAGCCCGAAGGGGCCGUGUGAAAGUCGAUGCAUACGAAAUAAUUAUUUAAAAUACUGAUGUUAGUUGUUUGCCAUUGAGCGAAGUGGGUCAUAUGGCAAUGCUGCACUUAAACUAAAAAAGUUCUCUCUAUUAAAAUCUCUAUUUGAGGUUAACUUGAAUCAGACAAACUCGCUCAUUUUCCGUUUGACCGGCUCGACGACGACAGCCUCAGCCUUUGCAAUCUUUGAGGAAAGGAGCAUGAUUUGCAUUUUUCAAGCCGUGAAAUCUUUAAAUUAAAGUAGCCCCUUCAAUCACAGGAACGAAACUUCCCGAUGACUUCUCGGCACAAAAUCAUCGUGCCUCGUGAUGCAGCCGAUUGUUUCGUCAAAUGUUAGCUUGUGGUUUGCUAGGGGAAUCAUUCCACAGCAACGAAACUUUAGAGCAGUGACCAAGGGUAACCUUCGCCGCACUUAGUGCGAAGGAAUAAAAUGCUAUGUCAACAAAAACGAACACAACUACCCAUUCUUAACAUAGAUUUCGCCAUAGAAAACAAAACACAAACGAAACAAACUAAACAUUCGGUAACGGGAGAUUUUUGUUCUAAUCUUGACCUGAACACCGCACACGACCAAAACCGUCUUAGUCAGUCUUCGUUUGAUGCGGUUCUCCUUCGUAGGGCUGAAUCGUCCUCGCAACUUCCAUUCCUUCUUUACUACUUGAGUACGAUGUAUCAAAACUCUUGGUAGAGCUUGCUGAAGGUAGGUAUACAUUGCUAUCUGACAUUAUUCAAGAGUAUUUCAACGCUGACCGAUACAAAAUUACAAGAGAUGUGAGAGAUUUGUAAAUGUCAACGGAGAGUUUCAUAGUUUUCUACGUCAUCACCCGCUAAUUCGUUUCCAGUCCUCGGGACACAUUUAAGACAAAAUAAGGACAUUUUAAGGCCCAAAAAAAAGCGAGUUUUAAAUUUUUUGAAAUCUUUCUAAAUGUUUAAAUCUUAAGCUAAAUGUUUACGCAAAAAAAAAUAAAAAAAACUCGUGUCAUAGACACUUUAAGUCCGAAUUUUGAAUUGUUAAUAUUUCGAUCCAAACUCAGGGCAUAAAUUUUCUCGAUGUACCUUUUUAUCAGAUGCGAUCCUUCACCAAACACGUGGCCUUGCUUCUCAUGUGAUCGUAAUUCUCUGCUUAGGGGUUAAUCAGAACUUGCUAAAAGAAUUCACUUUAGAUCAGAAUAUGCAGAGGUCACUUAGAGCCUAUUAACAUGGAGAUGGGGGACCCCAGGUAGGUGAGGUAAUCCACCUUGAUGGGGUAACCACCCAUUCAUGUGAUCUCUUGUUUUAUCUUGAACACGUCUACAUGAUAGGUGAGGUAACCCACUUAGGUGGGUUGUCCGGUCUGUCAGGUAGGGUAACCCUGUCAGGCGGGGUAGCAAUUUGCCAAGUAAACGUCUCAAGGUUUGGUAACCCGCCUAGUCGGGGUUGCGUUCAUGUUACACUUGCGAGAACGCCGCCCGGGGUUGUAAGAUGUAUGUUAAUGCGGGCUACCUGACCAACCUGGGGUCCAGACCCUCAUAUAUCAUUUUUCUUUUUGUGCAGGUUAUCUUUGUCGCUGGUAGGAGAGAGUCCGGACCUCCUCUUGAAAAACUUCAUGACGCUGCUACCGUGUUCCUUCUUGUCAGCGCAAUACCAUACCUUUGGUUCCAAACCGCUAUUACCUUCUUCACGGUUAAAAUGGGCCUCCAUUCAAAAUGGGUGUUCAUUUUCAGGCUCGUCGUGUCUUGUACUAUGACAUGCACUGGCAUAGGAUAUCCUUUCUUCUAUUGGUUCUCGACAACAAAGUUACAAACAGGUAGCUCCGAAGCUUUCUGGAGCCCUGAUGACGGUGGUUAUGCCCUGCACUUGUUUAGCACUAUCGGAGAGUGGGUUGCCUGUCUGUGCUUAGCGCUCUUCCCUGCAUCCUUUUACCAAGAAUUUAAAACUUUUUCUCUUGAAAUUUAUCACGUUAAAGUUAAGGAACUUACAGACAGCAAGAAAAGUGACUAUGUAAAGAUAGGAACAAACGACGACUAGGAUGGUCAUUUGUUGCAAAGUAUGUGAAUAAUACGUCCAUUUAUGCGAAGCUUCAACAUCCCCACCCU